UGCCACAGUUAGAAGAGCCAGAAUCUAGGCUUAUGACGCCCACUGUGCGCAGACUGGCUGAGUGCGCCAGCGUGUGUGUGUGCGCCCCCCAAUCGAAAUCUUUUUUUAGUAUUGAAAGAACAGUCGGGCAAGAAAGUUGGGGCGCAGCAAAUCGAGCCAGACAAAGUAAAUAACUAAGCAUCGGCAUACAUAUAGGCCAUAUUCCAUUCCGAUGAAUUAUCCGUAAACAAGUUGAUGAUUGAGCAGCAGCUAACAACAUUAGUGCGGCGUGUUUUUCUACAUUUACUCACUACAGAUCUGGCCCACGAGAAAGAGAGUGGAACGCAGCAACUCUGAGACAACCAAACUGAAAGCAGGAAGCAGACGAAAAGCGCAGCCAAAAUGCCCGUCUUUCACACAAAAACCAUCGAGAGCAUUCUAGAUCCUGUUGCCCAACAGGUAUCCCGUCUGGUGAUCCUGCACGAGGAGGCCGAGGAUGGCAACGCGAUGCCGGACCUCAGUCGGCCGGUGCAGGUGGUGUCGGCGGCGGUGGCCAAUCUCGUGAAGGUUGGUCGCGAGACAAUCAACAGCUCCGACGACAAGAUCCUGCGCCAGGACAUGCCCUCGGCACUGCACCGCGUGGAGGGUGCCUCGCAGCUGCUGGAGGAGGCGUCCGAUAUGCUCCGUUCCGACCCGUACUCGGGUCCGGCGCGCAAGAAGCUAAUCGAGGGGAGCCGCGGCAUCCUGCAGGGCACCUCCUCGCUGCUGCUCUGCUUUGACGAGAGCGAGGUGCGGAAGAUCAUCCAGGAGUGCAAGCGGGUCCUGGACUACUUGGCCGUGGCGGAGGUGAUAAACACCAUGGAACAGCUGGUGCAGUUCCUCAACGACCUAUCGCCCUGUCUGAGCAAGGUGCAUCGGGAGGUGGGCGCCCGCGAGAAGGAGCUGACCCACCAGGUGCACAGCGAGAUAUUGGUGCGGUGUUUGGAGCAAGUGAAGACCCUGGCCCCAAUCCUCAUCUGCAGCAUGAAGGUCUACAUCCACAUUGUGGAGCAACAGGGCCGGGGAGCUGAGGAAGCGGCUGAGAACAGGAACUACCUGGCCGCCAGGAUGAGCGACGAACUGCAGGAGAUCAUCCGCGUGCUACAGCUGACCACCUACGACGAGGACACCAGCGAGCUGGACAACCUCACCGUGUUGAAGAAGCUCUCUAAUGCGAUUUCCAACAAAAUGCAGCUGGCCAACGAGUGGCUCUCGAAUCCCUAUGCCCUGCGGGGCGGCGUGGGCGAGAAGGCUCUGCGCCAAGUGAUCGACAAUGCCACGGAGAUCUCAGAGCGCUGCCUGCCCCAGGACUCUUAUCCCAUCCGCAAGCUGGCCGAUGAGGUGACGGCCAUGGCCAACACCUUGUGCGAGCUGCGCCAGGAGGGCAAGGGCCAGAGUCCCCAGGCGGAGUCCCUGGCCAGGGGCAUCCGCGAUCGCCUGGGAGAGCUGCAAUCCCUGGUGCACCAGGCGGUGCUCGGCGUGGACAAGGCUGGAGUUCAGCAGACGGCUCACACCAUCCAGGGUCGAUUGGAGCAGGCAGUGAAGUGGCUGCAGCACCCGGAAAUCAACGACGGUGGCCUCGGAGAGAGGGCCAUCAAUCUGAUUGUGGAGGAGGGUCGCAAGGUGGCCGAGGGCUGCCCCGGCCACCAGAAGGCCGAGAUUCAGCAGCUGUGUGAUGAAGUGGAGCGCCUCAAGCGCCAGGCGGCCGGAACUGGCCCGGCGGCCAAGCAGGCGGCGAAGCUGCUCACCCAGAAGCUGUACGAGCUGAAGGCGGCCAUCCAGAACGCCCUGGUCAACCGCAUUGUGCAGGACUUCAUGGACGUGAGCACCCCGCUCAAACAGUUUACGGAGGCGGUGCUCCAGCCAGAGGGAACACCCGGACGGGAGCAGAACUUCAACCAGAAGUCGAACAACCUGCAGGCAUUCAGCGAUCGCGCCUCCAAGACCUCCAGAAUGGUGGCCGCCGGUGGAGCCUGCGGCAACAAGAAGAUCGCCGAGAUCCUGCUCUCCUCUGCCGCCCAGGUGGACUCCCUCACACCACAGCUAAUCAGCGCCGGUCGCAUCCGAAUGAACUACCCGGGCAGCAAGGCCGCGGACGAGCAUCUGCAGAACCUGAAGCAGCAAUACGCGGACACCGUGCUGCGCAUGCGCACCCUCUGCGACCAGGCCACGGACCCGGCGGACUUCAUCAAAACAUCCGAGGAGCACAUGCAGGUGUACGCCAAGCUCUGUGAGGAUGCUAUCCAUGCCCGUCAGCCGCAGAAGAUGGUGGACAACACCUCGAACAUUGCUCGCCUGAUCAAUCGGGUCUUGUUGGUAGCCAAACAGGAGGCGGAUAACUCGGAGGAUCCGGUGUUCACGGAGCGCUUGAAUGCCGCCGCCAACCGGUUGGAGCGUUCGCUGCCCGCCAUGGUUGGCGACGCCAAGCUGGUGGCCACCAACAUUGCCGAUCCGGCAGCAGCGGCCGCUUGGAAGAACUCCUUCCAGCGGCUCCUUGGCGAUGUGCGGGAGGUGCGAGAUGCCAUUGCGCCGCCGCAGCCACCACCACUGCCCACUUCCCUGCCGCCACCCAUUCCGGAGCUGAGCGCCCUGCAUCUAUCCAAUCAGAAUGCCGAGCGAGCACCUCCACGCCCACCACUGCCCAGGGAAGGCUUGGCGCCCGUCCGUCCGCCACCUCCAGAAACGGAUGAUGAGGACGAGGGCGUCUUCCGCACGAUGCCACAUGCCAAUCAGCCCAUCCUGAUCGCCGCCCGUGGCUUGCACCAGGAGGUGCGCCAGUGGUCGUCCAAGGACAACGAGAUCAUUGCGGCCGCCAAGCGCAUGGCGAUCCUGAUGGCCCGUCUCAGCGAGCUGGUGCUGUCCGACUCGAGGGGCAGCAAGCGGGAGCUGAUCGCCACGGCCAAGAAGAUUGCCGAGGCCUCCGAGGACGUGACCCGACUGGCCAAGGAGUUGGCCCGCCAGUGCACUGAUCGCCGCAUCCGCACCAACCUGCUCCAGGUGUGCGAACGCAUACCCACCAUCGGCACCCAGCUGAAAAUCCUGUCCACCGUGAAGGCCACGAUGCUGGGCGCCCAGGGAUCCGACGAGGAUCGCGAGGCCACCGAAAUGCUCGUGGGCAAUGCCCAGAACCUGAUGCAGAGUGUGAAGGAGACGGUGCGCGCCGCCGAGGGAGCCAGCAUCAAGAUCCGGUCGGACCAGACCAGCAAUCGCCUGCAGUGGGUGCGCCGACAGCCCUGGUACCAGUACUAGGCUAUUGUUAGUGCCUACUGGGAUGCUGGAGCCAGGCACCUGACCAUCUGCCCACCGCCCACGUGCCCGAAUGCCACUAGCCGCGUGCCUUGUGUAACAUACAAAGCUAAACACUAAUCUUAAUGAUUUCUAUUUUAAAUGUUAAUCCCUAAUCUGUUCCAUCUGAACGCCAGUUAUGUAAGUGCCUGCAAUUAUUUAUUAUGUGCUCCAAGAACUCGUGCUCAUGUCCCCGCCCAGUUCCGCCCCCUUGACCCCUUCCUCAGCACCCUUUGCCCUUGUCCCUCCCCCCACCCGAUCCUAUGCUGAUUUUGUUUCGAUAAUUUUAGUAAGCACAUUAAUUAUUAAGCGUGCAAUAAAGCGUGCAAAGCGAAAGCCACGGAAAAGAGAGAGGAACAGGAAAGCAAUAUGUACAUAAAGCAGUCAGAUUUAAGCGAAUGCAACGUAUAAAAUAAGAGACCAUUUGCAAUGGGCUUGCGCUCCAAGGAAUCUAAAUCGCCCCUUCAUCGUAUUUGUAGUGUACUAACAGAAGCAUUUAUCAAAGCCCUUGUUUGCGUUUCAGAGUCCAGUUUAUGUUCGAAAUCUAACUCACUAAAACAGCGACGGAUGCGCGAAGCCCACGUUUUAACCCAAAACGCUGUGUGUCAUGUUCAAUAUAUAAUAAAAUAAAGCUGAA